CAGGCGUGUUAUUUAGAACGCGAGAGUGCUGUGCUAAGUAACGUGAGUGAUUAUGCCGCAGCAAUCAACCCCUCCGAAGCACUCAGCGUUAGGGGUGGAAGAGAUAUGAGUGACCUCACGGUUCGCUCAUGUUUCGUGCAACAGAACGCGUUAUAUUAUCGAUGCAAAAAACAGUAAAGGGAAAAAAAUAUCGUGAGCUCAAAGUACGACCGUAGUAAGGUAAGGCAAAAAAGGGCUGUGAAAUUAGUGGAAGGGAACGUUGAAACAGGUGGAUUUUACUUCGUGCACCGAUCGGUUGUUCAUUCGGAUUGUUUCGUACGGUUGUGUUCACUAGGCACUCAGCAGAACGCACAAAAGCCGAACGGUGACCGAAACCGUACCAUAUCUGAACGUAUACCGUCCUCAGUGUGGAAAGAUACGUUCACGGAAAACGGACGGAUGGACCAUCGGCGACAGAUUGGUCGCGCGCGCGUUCGUCACGUAUUUGCCGCUAACCGCCGUCGCACGGAUUUAUUCUUCACCUUGGCCACCGCCGCUCGGUACGGUUCGGUGUCGCGACGGUCUUGAGAAUCGGUCGUCAAAUUCAUCUCGACGCAGUUUUCUUUUGGGGGAGGCUGACGAUCGUGAUCGACUAACGCCGGAUACGUAUGUGCAGUUGCGGGCUGAUUGCAUACAAGCUGAUGAAGAUGUGUGAAUGGUUCGCAGCAGCAGCACCCAGCAGCAAUGGUAGCGAACGGCGAUAAGUUUAUGUAAAUCAGCUGCUUUCACGGCCAGUUAAGGCGUGCCGCUGCGGCUGCUGCUAUACCAAAGUAACCGUAAUCGUAUCACCAACGUUGUCACCAGACCCCGACAUUAAAUGUAACACUGGCGCUGCGUGACAAGCCGGGCAGCUUACGAGUGAAUCAGUGAAGAUUAGCAAUUUCCCAUCGCAAAACACAAGUGAGUGUGUACGAUAAAAUGGUUCAAAACACGAAAGGAAGCUCCAGUUUGAGCAUAGUUGAUAGUGAAAAAGUGAAGCUGUGUGUGUUGCGUGACAGUGAGAUAAAGUGAUUAAAAUUGUCAAAAAAAAAAAAUACAUUCAUAGCUAUGCUAUUUUGUGGGAAGCCUUUGUUCUUAUAUAGUAUAUGAAUGAGUUUUGUGUUCAUCAAGUGAAUUGAAAUAAAAUUUUAAAAAACAACCAAACAAACACACAACACGUUCGGUGUGGAUGACACUGCGGAGGAAUCAUCGAGCCAAACCAGGAGGUUCUUAUCAACAAGCAACAUCAUCAACACGCUUCCCAUUGGCAGAAUUGUGGAAAUAUAUUCCAAAUCCGAAUAAUUGAGUGUCUGAACUUGUGCUAUUACCAUCAGCACUAAAUCGACUUCGGAAUUCAUGGAAUGGUCUUAAUUGAUUGGUUCUUCAAACUAACAGAAGUAUUUUAUUCGCGUACCUUGAAGCACGCGAGUGUUACGUGAGUGUACUUACCGGCGCUAGGAGCAAGUAGUUGAAGCGCACCACUAGACUGCAUUCAAUUUGUUUCGCCCCGGGCCGAAGGGUGUUUCUUCGUCACGCCCUCCCAACGGUGUGACGAACUCGAUGACGGCAACGGUGAAUCCGGUGAUCAAAGUGCCGGUACUGGAAAAACCACUCAACUCCAUCCCGGCGGUGCCCGAGAUUGGUAGCUCUGCGUAUCUGCUUCAGCCGGUUCGACCGAGGGCAAUCACCGGUGCAACAUCAGCAGGUGACACUCGGGCUGUCGUCAGCUACCACUGCUCCGGUGGCAAUCAUUUUUAGAUUCUUCCACCAUUGCGCCGAUUACUUCAGAGGGUGCUGCUGCUGCUAGAAAGAAAGACACCCGGGAGUAGAAUUCAGGCCCCAUCCGGUGACAUUAUUAGGGUGCCACGAGAGGGAUAACGAUGAUACAGUAAUUCAAUCAAGGCGCUUUUUUUUUGCUUGCUCUAUCUACUCGCACGGUUCCCGUUCUUUACGGCCGAGACAAAACGCAGAAGCGCGAAAGCAAACAGCGGCUCCUGGCAACAGUUGUGUAGUGCUGGCGUAUGUUCCACAUACUUCGAGCCGGUCGUGUUGCGUCAAGCACACACUCGGGGACUAGAUAGAUGAGCUGAAGCGAAAGCAAAAAAAAACAACCCUCCCACAAGCGUCCCAGAAUAAAAGCCACUUGGAAGGUGGUUUGGGUUUUGGGAACCAGUGCGCACGGUAAAUCACUGCCGGCGGGGUAAUUCAAUAAAUACACCCUGUACAAGAUACUCGAACAAAUCGCGUACACGUGAUGUUUGAGGCGAAGGUAACUUGCUCCUCACUUGGGCAGAUGUGCUAGAAACGGAACAGAGUAUCCAUUUGGAGUUUGGCACAGAGUUCGCCGAAGGGGCGAUUCAACUAUUUCAAAUUCGAUCAACAGUGAACAGUGUGAGGUGGAUCGAUGUGAACCAAAUUUGUAUCUUUACCAAAAAGGAAUUUAGUGUGUAAUUUGCUACAAAAGUUACUAAGAAACUGAGAACAUUUUAACGCCCCCACACCCAGUGGUCAGUGGUCAGCGAACGAAACGCGGGUUGUUGGUGUAGCAAACCGUUCCUCUAGCUUAAUUGCACUGGGUAGCGUACCGUACGGUUCGGGUAGUUCCUAUCGCCCUACCUUACGCGGGGAAUGGGGGUCUGAUCCUUGGAGCAGCCCCCAGUUCCUGUCGUGGGCGUUCGCCGCAUACCAGUUGUAUGUAUGGAUUCGGCCACCAACGUACCGAGCAGCAAGCAUCGCACGGAUAUUGACGGGGCCGGCCGGACCGACGGCGUCCCGGUCGCCCUAACCGUGGCCACGACCGUCGCCAACCUGCUGCUAGCCAGCCCAAGCCCGGGCCUUGCCGCAACCUCCACCGCCGUGGUCGCCGCCGCCGCCACCACCACCACCGCCACCACCUGGGCCAUCACGACUGAAACUGCCGCCCAGCCGUACCUCGUUUACGGCUCGAACCUGAGCUCUCUAGCGUACCUGGAUGCGAAUAGUACCGCGUCACUUUACUCCCUUGCACCGGUUGUCGAUGCAUCCUCGACACCGGCACCGGCCGGUUCACCGCACGUGACCAUUUCCACGAUCGUGAUCAGCAUCAUCCUGCUGGCCGUAAUCGUUGGCACGGUGAUCGGUAAUGUGCUGGUGUGUGUGGCCGUAUGCCUGGUACGGAAACUAAGGCGACCGUGCAACUAUCUGCUGGUAUCGCUCGCCAUAUCGGAUCUGUGCGUGGCCCUGCUCGUCAUGCCGAUGGCACUGCUGUACGAGGUGCUGGAGGAGUGGCGAUUCGGCGAGGUGUUUUGCGACAUUUGGGUAGCGUUCGAUGUGCUGUCGUGUACCGCUUCCAUCCUCAAUCUGUGCGCCAUCUCCGUGGAUCGGUACUGGGCCAUAACGAAACCACUCGAGUACGGUGUCAAGCGUACACCGCGCCGUAUGAUCGCAUGCAUCGUGUUGGUGUGGUUAGCCGCUGCCUGUAUCUCCCUUCCGCCCCUACUCAUACUUGGCAACGAGCACGAGAUUAAUGGGCAGCCGGCAUGUUCCGUGUGUCAGAACUUUUUCUACCAAAUCUAUGCGACGCUCGGUUCGUUCUACAUCCCGCUCGCCGUGAUGUUGUUUGUGUACUUUCAAAUUUUCCGUGCCGCCCGCCGUAUCGUGAUGGAGGAAAAGCGUGCCCAGAAGCGUCUGGAAAGUGCCAUCAAUGGUGCGACACAAGUCGUGACGCAGGAAAAGAAACCACCGGGAAUGGCGGGUGAGAAGGGUGUAACGGUUAAGGUGACAACCAGUUCGCCGCAAAACAAGCGGUUACGGUUUCAGCUGGCGAAGGAGCGGAAAGCAUCGACAACGCUCGGGAUUAUUAUGUCGGCGUUUACGAUCUGCUGGUUGCCGUUCUUCAUACUGGCGCUGGUGCGGCCCUUUAUGAAGGACGAUCAUCGGACACUGUCGUCGUUCUUUCUGUGGCUUGGGUACGCUAACUCGCUGCUCAAUCCGAUCAUCUACGCCACGCUGAAUCGCGACUUCCGGAAACCGUUCCAGGAGAUCCUGUACUUCCGCUGUUCGAGUCUGAACAAUAUGAUGCGGGAGGACUUCUACCACAGCCAGUACGGUGAUCCCGGCUCGCAGCGGUUGGUCAUCACGAACGAUGGUGGGGCACGUGAGAGCUUUCUGUGAAGGCUGGCGGCCGAUGCACCGUGCGGAUUUGCACGAUUGUUGGUUGAAUGGUGGCAGGUACGGUUCCCACCCUAAAAAAAAAAAAAUAAUAAAACGACGAACCCGCUCCCAUUCACCGAUCCGAUCGAAGUGCAACACACAGACACAAUAAAAAAUAAACACAAAAAAAAAACGAACAAAAAACCAAAUACACAUUAAUGCAGGCAACAAUCACGAAAUGCUGAUCCCCAAAAACACGGGUUUUUUGGGGUGAAACGUAUAGUUUAAUUUAGUCUUCCUUUUUUGUACAUAAGCGUAAACACACGUAGUAACUAGCUCAUCCGCACAUCCUUUUCUCAUUCGUCGUACUUUAAACAUCACCGUUCGAAAGCAUUAGUAAACCGUAACAUACCACAAAAUUUGCGCCGGGUUUUAGCCUCGUUUAUUCCCUAAUUCCUACCCCAAUAAAAAGCAAUGCCUUCCCUAAAAGAGUCCUAAAAGACAACCGGCAAACCUUCCCCUCGAAAGUAAAUGAAAUAACUGACAAACAACAUCGUAUGGCGUGAAGGAAGGCAAAGAUUUAUCACUGUUAGAUUGAAAAGAGAUUUUCUGUCCCUUCGUACGUGUGUGUGUAUGUGUGUUUGUGUGUGUGAGCGUUGUACGUAGGAGUGUACGAGGCACGCGAUGAUUACUAGAGCAAUGCAACAACGCCCAUAACAUUUAGCACCGUGCACGGAUGUAUGGUAUAUGUUUUUUUGUGAUAACAGUGGUUGGAUGUGAUGUGUUCCUUUUGCAUGCGUGAUGUCGUGUAAGUGCGUGUAAGAAGCUAAACAAAAAAAAACAAUAAUAAUAGCAACAGCAACAACAAAAAAACCACAGUAAAUAAACACCGGAACAGACACACGCGAAUUCCUAAAAACCCAACCGGAGAGUAGGACAAACGCUGAAGGCGGGUUCGGAAGGAAAACAGGGAAAACAAACAAAACAAAGCAACAACUGCCAAACUAUCCCGGAAGGCAAAAACUAUUCGUAUCGAUGUUUUCUUUUUUUGGCCAUCCCUCUCUGACUUCUCCCCUCUCAUACCUCCCUCUUCACCACCCAAAAAGAAUUCGAGAUCGCUAGGAUUCGGUUCGAUCGAUGUGUACGUAUCGGUGUAUGUAUUGUACGUGUUCCUAUGACCUGAUGACGUGUACUACUUUUUGCAUAGCGAUUUGACCCCGGGUCAUCGCCAUGUUAUGCAUGUUAGAGACUAGUUUCGAUGUUCUAUGUUUUUGAGGGCAGUAUAUGCUGCCACGUACACGGGCCGGGGCAUGUUUAGCAAAUCGCAAAACCAGUAUUAAACAAAAAAAAAACACACGCAAAAAUUACGCAGAAAAUGUUAUGUGAAAAAAGGCGCAAACAAGAAACAGAACCCAGCUUCUUUGUGGUAGGCAAAAAUGAUGUUGUUAUACUAGCUUGUAACCGAUACCGGGCGAAGACAACACAAACCACACCUCUGAUCGUGUGCUGCUAAAUAGCAAUGAGAACAAGCUGUAAACCCCAAAACUGCUUCGGGUUUUAAACGCUUCUUACACUAUUUACUGUCGAUACUUUCUGCACACUCACGAACUGUGCCUAUGUAGGCCUCCUUGAAAUGCUCGUAAAUACUUUUCGUCCUCAGCAGAUAUUUGCAUUGAUUCAACUAUUGAUAUUGAUCGCAGUAAUGGACAGCAAACGUCGAAGUGACACACGCGACAAGUGGUUGUAAGGAUCAGGGAACAGCAGUACGGCAGUAAAUAUUGGAAUAAAGCAUCAUCAGCAGCAGGUUGAAAUAUACAAAAAGGAUAGAAAGAAUGUCCUAUAAGCGAGAGAGAGCACAUAAACAUAAUAAAUCAAAACGCGAAACGAAUGGAAGCGGUGGACGUAAACCAAAAUGUAAGAUAAAAUGCUACUCAGUUUAGUUAGUUAGCUAUAAAUAUGUAUAUUAUUUUUUUUUUGUUUUGUUUGUUCUGACUUGUUGUUUUCCCUUAUGUAUAGUGAUGAAACAAAAAGCAGAGACGAAAAUAAUAAAACAAAAUGGCGACAAAUCGUUACAGAAAGCGAUGCAAAUCCAAAGGCACAGAGAAA